AAAUCUCUGCAGAACAAAUCCAGAACAAGAAAAGGACCCUUUUUUCUAUAUACAUUAUUGGUAUAUAUACAAAAAGGCCCCGAUAUUGAUACAAUCUAUCUCAUUAUUCUUUGUAGUAUAUUACUACAGUAGAUUUAGUUUCAUUUAUCAUAUUUCUCUUUUAGUUCAGUUUUAAUUUAGGUUUUUGAAAAUUCAAUAAAAUUCAAAUAAAAUAAGGAGUUUUUAUGUCACGUUACCGAGGGCCUCGUUUCAAAAAAAUACGCCGUCUGGGGGCUUUACCGGGACUAACUAGUAAAAGGCCUAGAGCUGGGAGCGAUCUUAGAAAUCAAUCACGUCCCAGUAAAAAAUCUCAAUAUCGUAUUCGUUUAGAAGAAAAACAAAAAUUACGUUUUCAUUAUGGUCUUACAGAACGACAAUUACUUAAAUACGUUCGUAUCGCCGCAAAAGCCAAAGGGUCAACAGGUCAGGUUUUACUACAACUACUUGAAAUGCGUUUGGAUAAUAUCCUUUUUCGAUUGGGUAUGGCGUCAACUAUUCCCCGAGCCCGCCAAUUAGUUAAUCAUAGGCAUAUUUCAGUUAACGGUCGUAUAGUAGAUAUACCAAGUUAUCGCUGCAAACCCCGCGAUUUUAUUACAGCUAGGGAUGAACAAAAAUCUAAAGCUAUGAUUCAAAAUUCUCUUGAGUCAUCCCCCCAGGAAGAAUUGCCAAAACAUUUGACUCUUCUGCCACUCCAAUAUAAAGGAUUGGUCAAUCAAAUAAUAGAUAGUAAAUGGAUCGGCUUAAAAAUAAAUGAAUUGCUGGUGGUAGAAUAUUAUUCUCGUCAGACUUAAUUCUAACUAAAAUCAAAAUAACAAGGGUUCGAAUAAUUUUGUCCCCCCUAUUCUAAGUAUAAGUAAAAAUAAAGAAACAAAAAAGGAAGGGUUUGAUUUGAUCGGGAGUUUUCUCCUAUUCAUAUAUCGUAGAGUAAUAGGGAUAUUUUCAUUCCGUUCCCAU